AUGUCGGCCACACCCUAUGUCUAUUCCGACGAAAAGGUCCCUGAGGUUGAGGUCCUUCCCGCCCCAGCCACGUCCACACCUCCACCGAAACGAACCAGCUUCACCACCCGUCUGCUCCGACUCGUGGUGACCGUCCUAGGCGCCCUCGUGGUUUUCAAGGUCCUUUGCUCCGUCGUUGGUUUCCGGUCUGGUGGUCUUUCGAGACCGUGUCACGGCAUGAAACACAAAGUCCCCGGCUAUGGCCCGUUGUUCGACGACGAUGGCAAUCCUCAACACCCGUUCCCUCCCAUUGACAAGUGGGAACCGUUCAACGGCACCACGCACUUCGAGUUCGAGCCCGCCCAAGCCAGCGGCCUCUCCGUCCGAGGGGCGCGUGUGUUCGGGAAAGUCGUCUUCGAGACGUCCAAGUUCUCCAACAAGAUCGUGAUCGAUCUGGACAUCAAGACCAACAAGAAGGACAAGCGCGGCGACGUCACGAUCAAGGAAGACAACGGCUAUCUCACCAUCGACACCCCGUCCACGGGCAAGCUCAAGACCCACACGGCCGCCACCAUCCAGAUCCCAUCCAACAUCAUCGGCGAAUUUGCUCUUCCAAAAUUCGAAGUCGACGUCCCCCGCCACAUGGUCGACUUCAGCCAACUGCCCGAGUCGCUGGAAAUCGGCGCCUUCGCCGUCCGGGUGGGCAGGGGCUUCGUCAAGCCCGGGCCCGUGCACACCAACACGACCACCAUCUCGAUCGGCAACGGCGCCCUGCGCGGCACGCUGACCCACGCGCGCAACGAAACCAACGUCGACAUCGGCCACGGCAACGCGACACUCAACAUCCCCUCCAUCUCCUCGGGCAACGAAGGCUCCACCCACAUCCACCUGGGCCACGGGCAUCUGAACGGCACCUUGGCCAUCUACAACGCGACCUCGAUCGACGUGGGCAGCGGCGGCAUCUACGUCAACGUGGCGUACAAGUCGGCCUCGCCGCGCGCCACGCUGUCGACGCGCAUCGCCUCGGGCAACUCGCGCGUCUUCGUCGACUCCAUCGCCGCGGAGCGCGUCUUCGACGCCUCCCACGCCUCCGUCGCCGGCGACCAGCUGAUCACCUACCCGGCCAACUUCCAGGGCACCGUCGACGCGCGCGGCAUUGUCGGGGACAUCAAGCUCGAGGGCAAGGAGCUGGCCGUGGAGAAAGUCGUCGGCGGCAUGGUGGGCCGCCAGGGUGACAGCGAGAGGAACUCGAUCAGCGUCAAGACCGUCCGCGGCAAGUUGGACAUUCUUGUCGGGGACGAGUCCGCGCCGGACAACGACAGCCACAGCUGCUAA